UGAAAUGUCGUUUUGUCGUUGUUCGUCGCAAUGUCUGUGACCGACACUGUAAUUUUCGGAAAUGUUUUGUUUUAGUCUUGACUUAUUUUCACCUCAAGUGAAAUAGAAAGUUUCUCAGUAUAAAUUAAAGUAAAUUCAGAAUUCUGGUUGGGGUAAAAAAAAAGACGCGUGGUUAUGGUCGAAGCAUGCCGUCGUCGUCGCGGUCGCGAGGUUCCGGGCGCGGGCCUGACGGCGCGCCCAGGGCCCAAGUCAUAGCACCCAUGUCGGAGCGGCAGCAAUUAGCCCUGGUGAUGCAGAUAUCGUCCCAAGAUGCUCCCCCAGCCGCUCCGACCCCUGCAGAAGAACGGAAACGCACCAGACAACAACGGAACGAACACGGAGAAACGCCUCUUCAUGUAGCAGCAAUUAAGGGAGACCACGAACAAGUAAAGAAGUUGCUCGACCAAGGCCAAGAUCCAAAUGAGCCCGACUUUGCUGGUUGGACAGCACUUCACGAGGCAUGCAGCUAUGGCUGGUUACAAGUUGUUAUGGUGCUUGUGAAUUGUGGCGCUAAUGUUAAUGCAAAAGGAUUAGACGAUGACUCGCCUCUUCAUGACGCAACCACAUCUGGAAACUUGAAAAUGGUUAAAUUUCUCGUUGAACAUGGUGCCGAUCCAUUUCACAGAAAUGCAAAGGGCAAAACACCCUCUGACUAUGCUGCACCUCAUAUUUAUGAAUAUUUGCAGUCAUUAAGAGAUAACGCGAGAGCUAACAACGUUGGCAGAACAAGGUAUGACAGCGUUAAGAAAAGUGGCAAUGCAAGUGCGAGUAGUGACAAUAGUAAGAGAACUGAAAUGGAGGGCCUAGCACAAGGUGAACAGUUUGAGAGUAAAGAAACUCCAAACCAGGAUAAAGGAAGUAACAAUGAGAACAGAGAUGAUGGUAUGCAGCUGAGUAGCGGUGUUGUGUCCUCCACUCAAGAUGAGGGUACUUCAGCUUCAAAGAGGACAUACACUGAAGACACUCAAGAGGCUGAGGCUGCAGAAGAUGACGUCUCCAAACGCAAGAAGAGAAAAGAGAAUGAAGAGAAAGAACCUAUGGCCAAGCCUGCUCCAGUUGCAAGAAGUGGUACCAAUCGAAUCCUAACUGGUAGCAAACCUCCGGGCCCGGCGAGUAAAACUGGACAGGCGUCAUUGGGUAAGGGUACAUCGCAGAGUAGUGCCAAAGGACAAUCGGGAAGUUCAUCUUCAGGGAAAGGCGCACAGGGACAAGGCAAAGGCAGCAACAGCACAAAGGCCAAUGCUCAAAGCUCACACCAGGGAAAAUCAAGCAACACCAAAGGGUCAUCUGGAUCUCAAUCAAACAAGCAAGAUAGAAAAAGCCCGGUAGCAAGCCCUAAGCCAAAUCAAGCAAAAGAUAAUGAUGGUGACGGUGAUGAUCAGAAGAGUCAAGAAUCAUCAGCUCCGAAGGUCCCACCUCUGAAAAUUGUCAUUCCUGGAGGAGCAAGUGGCUCCAAUAAUAGGAAUGAACAAGAAGGUGAUGGUGGUUCUGGGCAAAGGGGGAGUGGUAAGGGUAGAGGAAGUGCCUCCACCCUGCCCUAUGUCAUUCCCUGUACGAGCACAGACAACGGUCAGACGUCGGACAGCUCAGAUGGAACAUCAGAUGACAAGAGAACUUCGGAAGGAGGAAAGGCCGGCCAAAGAGUCUUACGAUCACACAGAACAACUGACACUGAUAAGGAGAGAACUUCACCGCAUACCGAGACUCGGUCCAGCUCGUCAAACCAAACCAAUUUUAACAAGAGUCCACAACAGUCCGGACACGACGAUCAUGGGCCAUCUACAUCGUCCGGCAGAACUGAAUCAGUCCCUGGUACUUCUCCAGAAUUACAUCCAAGGAAGAGGAAGAUAAAGGCAUCUAAGGACAGUCAUUCUCGUGAGGCAAAGAAUGAGCAGGCACCAGACAGCACGACUGCAGCUCACAACAUCACACACUCUAACCCUUACCAGAUGUAUAUCCAUAUUCGUAAACAGAUCGAGCGUCGUCAGAAAUCCCUGUUUCCCGUAAAGCCCAAGCCGCCUAAGGAUUUCAACAAGUAUCUAAUGAAUCGGUGCACCUACACGCUACAGAGUAAAGUGGAUUUAGAACCGAUUGUAGAGGUACCACCGAACUUGCCUCCACAGAUGUUCAAUGAGUUCCAUAGCCAGGAGAAAGCAAGGACAAGACUUCGUAUACAACAUUUGGUCGAGAAGGAAAAAUUAGUAUUAGCUGUUGAACAAGAAAUAUUACGAGUCCAUGGACGAGCUGAAAGAGCUGUAGCCAAUCAGGCUCUACCGUUCUCUGUGUGCACAAUACUACGAGACAAGGAGGUUUACAAUGUUCUUGCUCCGGACCAAGAGGAGAAACGAAACGCGCAACGAUCGCGGUGCAAUGGCCGACAGAUCAACUCUUGGCUGCAAGAGGUGGAUGAUAAGUGGGAAAAAAUUAAGGAGGGUAUGCUUCGACGUCAACACACCGAAGCUGAGACAUUACACGCCGUGCAGAUGAUGGGGUGGGAGUGGAAACUCAAGGAACUCGGAGUGUGCGAUUACAAAUCAACACCAAAAAUCGAUCCGACACAUGUCCCCCAAAUACACGUGUCGAAUUUUGACUUGCCCGCUUGAAUUUUAAGUUCAUAUUGCCUGUGUUUAUGUAAGGUUAGCACACACCUCGUGCUAACAUAACCCUCAUUUCAUCUAUGUCUAACAUCGAUUCACUUUUUAACAUCAAUUGGUAAUGCAACUCAAGCGGAACUACAAAAUUGGAUUAUAAAAUUUCUAUCAAUUUCAGACCUUGUUGUCAUACCUUUCUUAUGAUUCUCGC